UCUAUAGUUGUACUGAUAAAAAUUAAGACAAUAACAUGACAUUGUGCUGUAAACCUACCAAUCAGCUACCACAUUAUUCGAGAGCGAAGACUGACUUAUCUCACGGGAGGGGGACAUAUCCCUCAUCCUCCUCCAUCACCAUCCACGGCACGUGCCCGAGUUGAACUGUUCCGAAUGCAUAUUUUUAAAUCUCAUUGAUAAAAAAAAAACCGUCAUAACCUAAAGGGUUUGAAUAGUAAUAUUGGCGCAAUCGCGGGCGACAGCAACGCGCUCGCCUCUACCAGCACAACUUACAAUUCGAACGGCCGUUACGGCGAAACGUGCACACUAACGUGUCUACCUUAUUUUUCCAAUUUUUUCGAAAUCUUAUACUGCCAUAUUUUAAAUCGUGCCUACAACACGGUUUAUAAAAAUGACGGCAGAAAUGCCGAAAACGGACGACGCUGUUGAGUUGAUGUCGUAUCGGGCAGUCGUAAAGUGUGCUUUAGAUCUCGGUCUGCCCGGAAAUCUAAAGAAGAAAGAUUAUGUCGAUUUAUUAAGAUUGCAUCGAAUGGGCUUAGACGGCGAAUUAAAAUCUCUGACGCGUAUUAUGAAAACCAAACGACAGAAUAUGAAAAAAUCUACAGCCGAGAAUUUGGUAAAAAAGCGGUCUGUGGGGAGACCCCGAAAAUCCAAACUAAAAACCAAUCAAAAAAAUAUUCAUACACCUACUUCAGUAACCACAAAAAUACAAGUUGAAAAAGUUCAUGUUCACAAGAUAGAGAAACCAAUGAAGUCUAACUCUACUGUUUCUGAAAUUCAAGUGUACUCUUCUAAUUCAUUGAAAAAUACAGAUAGUCAAUCACCAAUAGCUAAGACUACAAAAAACCUUUUAAGAAAUAUUUUGCUCUCUUCAAAUAGAACUAGAUUUAACAGAUCAACAACUAAUACUAAUUUUACAUCAAAUAACAACUCUUAUUAUAACUAUUAUCAGUAUGACAGUUCAAGACCAUUUAAUUUAAACAUUUCACACAAAGCUUCUUCAUUAAUUGAAAAUUCAUCUAAAAUAACGUGGAAAAAUAAUAAUAAAAAGUCUAUUACACCUUUAAAAGAAAUAAAAUCUUCUCUAUCAACAAAUAGUUACUUACCUGACAUUCAAGCAUUUCCUGAUAUACCUCAAUUAGCUGAUGUUGAUAUUAAUGCGAGUUUUGAGCUAGAUAACUCUAAUAAUAGCAUAAAUGACCCAACUGAUACAGAUACAAUAAUAUGUAUUGAUGAUUCUGAUACCUUGAGUAAUCAAUCAGCCGGGAAUAUAGAACAAGAACAAAGAGAUUUUGAUCAACGUUGGGCCAUGUCUAUACGGAUGGAAAAUGGAGAAAUGUCAACGCCAUUGGUGAAUUGUGAAACAUUCAAUUCACUUGAAGAUGGUUCUCUUUUAGGACCGCAUGACACAACUUUAGUUCAAAAUGAUGUUAUACAAAAUUAUAUAGAUACAAAUGAUGUUCAGUUCAUGCAAUUACCAGAUUCCAGUUGUGAAGUCAUUAGAACUUUGCAGUAUUAUGAGUCGGGAUUAUUGACAUCUCCAUGGUCUUUCCCUGAAAAUCAUUCAAACGAUUCCAUUUUAGACGAACAAUCUGGGCAAAAUGAAAAUUCUAUUACAACCCCUGUUAACCAUACACUGUCUGAACUUACCAACAAGCUUCCUUGUCCAAUUGCUGGUUGCUUAUGGUAUUCACAUUCUGCAACUUUAUAUGUUCAUUUGGUUUCGUGUCACCAACAAAUGAUAUCUUGUGGAAAUUCAAUCAUGCACAAGUUUAGAUGUCAAGAUAUACAAUCCUUGGGAUGCUUUACUCAUUUACAAUUCAUACAAAACACUAUUUAUAUAAUCACAGUUUCAUUUGAUUAUUAUAGUCACACUUUUGUUGCCACUAUUCAAUAUGUUUCGUCAUACGGUGAUAAUACUAGUACUUCCUCAACUACAGCUGUACUAACUACUGGCUGUCUUUAUAACAAUGAUGAUCAACAUUCUUGGUCUGGUCCAGUUCAUCCUUAUAGUGUUCCAUUAGAUGUACUUCAUUCUGAAGGCAGAUGUUUAUUUAUUGAUCCUUCCAAUUCUGAUCAUGUUUUUAUCAAUGUAAACCUAACUGUACCAUUGAUCAACUCAAAUGAUUUUGCUUGUCUAUGAAUAUAAUAUUUAUAGUAAUUAUUGUUAUUUUAGUAUUUUGCUAAGAAAAUUAAGUGUUUAUGACAUGUUUAUUUCAUGAUGUUAAAUAAUGUUAAGUA